CGGAUCAUCACUCUCGGGCUGGGAUGGACGCGAGGCGGGCGGGCCCUGGCGCGCGGUUCCUGGAGUCCGGGCCUCCCGGCUGCUGAGCAACCCCCGAAGCCGCCUCCUACAGCCACUUUCUUUCUAGAGCCCUUCCGACCCCAGCCCCGGGGCUCCAGACCCGGCUCCCGCCCUCCUCUGAGUCCCCGGACCUUCCCCUCCCGCCGCCCUCGGGAUCGACUAGAUCCCUCCCCCCUCCCCGAGGAUUCCGGCUGGAUCCCUGCCCCUGCACCGCGGGUCCUGCGUUCCCAGGUUCCAGGCCCCUGGAGAUUGCCGUGAACUCCUCCUCCCGCACCCGAUCCCAUAGGAUCCUCCGCCUGUAACGCCUUCUGAUCCCUCGGAGCCGGCCCACGGAGCCAGUGGAUCUCAAUUCCGUUCUGUCCCGUCUCCCCCUCCUCUCUCCACCGUCCCCACUGCGGGGAUCCCUGUUCUGGGGCUCCUCCUGACCCCAUCCGCUACCUCUCCUUCGCCCGGGGAUCGACUGGAUCCCGGCCCCGCCCCCCGGGGCUGGGGCGAUCCCCCCUCCCCCGCCGGGUGAGGCGCUGCGGGCGGGGGCUGCGCCUGCGGGACCGCGGGGGCUCAGAGGCCGCCGCCCCCCUCCCUAAGCCAACCCGCCCCCUACUCGGAGCCCUGGAUGGAGGCACCACGGCCCCGGGGCUGAGCCAGGUCGGGUUGACCUUCACCUCCUCCCACUCCCUUCCCUUUCCCUACCCCUUGUCCCCUCCAUGGAGAGGAACAGACCACUGCUCCGUCCAGUCUAACCCAGGUCCCUCCCCGCCCUCCCUCCUCCCUCCUUUCCCCGCCCCCUCCUCCCACCUGGGGCGAGGGGGGCCUCCCUCCCUCUCCCCCCCCUUCUCUCUCUCUCCGAGGGGGGGGGUCCCGGGGAGGGAGGGGGGGUCCCCGGAUCAGCAUGUGGCUCCUGGUGCUGUGUCUGAUGGGGCUGGUGGGGGCUCAACGGGGAGGAGGGGGUCCCGGCAGUGUCGGUGCCCCCCCAGGCGGCCCGAACCUGGGUCUCGGGGAGGAGCGCUUCCCAGUGGUGAACACGGCCUAUGGGCGCGUGCGCGGCGUGCGGCGCGAGCUCAACAACGAGAUCCUGGGCCCAGUUGUGCAGUUCUUGGGCGUGCCCUACGCCACGCCACCCUUGGGCGCCCGCCGCUUCCAGCCGCCUGAGGCCCCUGCCUCGUGGCCCGGCGUGCGCAACGCCACCACCCUGCCGCCCGCCUGCCCGCAGAACCUGCACGGGGCGCUGCCCGCCAUCAUGCUGCCCGUGUGGUUCACCGACAACUUGGAGGCGGCCGCCACCUACGUGCAGAACCAAAGCGAGGACUGCCUGUACCUCAAUCUCUACGUGCCCACCGAGGACGGUCCGCUCACAAAAAAACGUGACGAGGCGACGCUCAAUCCGCCAGACACAGAUAUCCGGGACUCUGGGAAGAAGCCCGUGAUGCUAUUUCUGCACGGCGGCUCCUACAUGGAGGGCACUGGAAACAUGUUCGAUGGCUCCGUCCUGGCUGCCUAUGGCAACGUCAUUGUAGCCACGCUCAACUACCGACUUGGGGUGCUCGGUUUUCUCAGCACUGGGGACCAGGCUGCAAAAGGCAACUAUGGGCUUCUGGAUCAGAUUCAGGCCCUGCGCUGGCUCAGUGAAAACAUUGCCCACUUUGGGGGCGAUCCGGAGCGCAUCACCAUCUUUGGGUCUGGGGCAGGGGCCUCCUGUGUCAACCUUCUGAUCCUCUCCCACCAUUCAGAAGGGCUGUUCCAGAAGGCCAUCGCCCAGAGUGGCACUGCUAUCUCCAGCUGGUCUGUCAACUACCAGCCACUCAAAUACACGCGGCUCCUGGCAGCCAAGGUGGGCUGUGACCGAGAGGACAGUGCUGAAGCUGUGGAGUGUCUACGCAGGAAGCCUUCCCGGGAGCUGGUGGACCAGGACGUGCAACCUGCCCGCUACCACAUUGCCUUCGGGCCCGUGGUGGACGGUGACGUCGUCCCCGAUGACCCUGAGAUCCUCAUGCAGCAGGGAGAAUUCCUCAACUAUGACAUGCUCAUCGGGGUCAACCAAGGCGAGGGCCUCAAGUUCGUGGAGGAUUCUGCAGAGAGUGAGGACGGCGUGUCUGCCAGCGCCUUUGACUUCACAGUCUCCAACUUUGUGGACAACCUGUAUGGCUACCCCGAGGGCAAAGAUGUGCUGCGUGAGACCAUCAAGUUUAUGUACACAGACUGGGCUGACCGUGACAACGGUGAGAUGCGGCGCAAGACCCUGCUGGCACUCUUUACUGACCACCAGUGGGUGGCACCAGCUGUGGCCACCGCCAAGCUGCAUGCCGACUACCAGUCCCCUGUCUAUUUUUACACCUUCUACCACCACUGCCAGGCUGAGGGCAGGCCCGAGUGGGCAGAUGCAGCACACGGGGAUGAACUGCCCUAUGUCUUUGGCGUGCCCAUGGUCGGUGCCACUGACCUCUUCCCCUGCAACUUCUCCAAGAAUGAUGUCAUGCUCAGCGCUGUGGUCAUGACCUACUGGACCAACUUCGCCAAGACUGGCGAUCCCAACCAGCCGGUGCCCCAGGAUACCAAGUUCAUCCACACCAAGCCCAACCGCUUUGAGGAGGUGGUGUGGAGCAAGUUCAACAGCAAGGAGAAGCAGUACCUGCACAUUGGUUUGAAGCCACGCGUGCGGGACAACUACCGUGCCAACAAGGUGGCCUUCUGGCUGGAGCUCGUGCCCCACCUGCACAACCUGCACUCGGAGCUCUUCACCACCACCACGCGCCUGCCCCCCUACACCACCCGCUGGCCACCUCGCCCGCCCCCAGGCGCCCCGGGCACCCGCCGGCCCCCGCUGCCUGCCACCCUGCCUCCCGAGCCUGAGCCCGAGCCGGGCCCCCGGGCUUAUGACCGCUUCCCCGGGGACUCCCGAGACUACUCCACGGAGCUCAGCGUCACCGUGGCCGUGGGCGCCUCCCUCCUCUUCCUCAACAUCCUCGCCUUUGCCGCCCUCUACUACAAGAGGGACCGGAGGCAGGAGCUGCGAUGCAGGCGACUCAGCCCUCCAGGGGGCUCAGGCUCUGGCGUGCCUGGAGCUGGCCCCCUGCUCCCCGCUGCAGGCCGAGAGCUGCCACCAGAGGAGGAGCUGGUAUCUCUGCAGCUGAAGCGGGGUGGUGGCGUGGGGGCGGACCCUGCCGAGGCCCUGCGCCCUGCCUGUCCGCCCGACUACACCCUGGCCCUGCGCCGGGCACCAGACGAUGUGCCUCUCUUGGCCCCGGGGGCCCUGACCCUGCUGCCCAGUGGCCUGGGGCCACCACCACCCCCUCCGCCCCCUUCCCUUCAUCCCUUUGGGCCCUUUCCCCCUCCUCCCCCCACCGCUACCAGCCACAACAACACCCUACCCCACCCCCAUUCCACCACUCGGGUAUAGGGGGCAGCUUGGGGAGGCCCUCCUCCCCGGCCCUCUAGCCCCCCCGGCAGGAAGUACCCCUUGGAAGGCAGGGAGGACUAUUUGGCAAGAGGCUUUUCUCAUGGAGUUGUCACAUGUCAAGGAGCAUUAGGUGGACACGGGGUUCCUCACCGGGACGUGUAUUUUCCCAUGCAGAGAGGCCCUUUCUCUUCUCUGGACCUGGGCCUUUGAACAACAGGGGGCUGCUCCCCCCGCUCUGGGACACCAGUCUUGGGUAUACGGAAACUCGGAAGUAUUGCCCCCUCGGAGGUGCGCUUUCUCACCAGGGGGUAUGUUUUCCCAUGUGCAGGGUGAGGUUUUUUUUUGCCCCCCUGGACACAUGUUGGCCCCCUCAAGAAAUUUCUGUGGGGAUUUGUACCCCACAAUCCUAUUCCCUUCUCUCUUUUCUCACCUCUCUCUUCCUCCUCCCCAUCCCUGGAGACCCCAGAAGUGGUGUGUGUGUGUACACACAGUGACCCUGGGCCGCCAGACAGCAUAGGGUUGUGCCUGGGAAGUGGCAAGGAAAUCCGCCCUUUCCCUGCCCCACAGCCCCGCCACCCCCACCCCAGCAAAGCAUGUUUGCCCCCCUCCCCUCCCCCCAUGGCACAAGUCCAAGGAAACAAGUUUUCCAGAGAGACAGAUUUCCUGCAGCAGGGAGGGAGAAGAUCUGAGCAUCCCUGUCGUGCCUGGGAAUCGUCUUCCCGUGGGUCCAGGGCGCACUUCUCUGAGUGGAAACAUGGUUUUGCAUGUGGAUGUGUGUUUUCCCAUGCAGAUGACCCCUUUCUCUCCAGCACUUCCCUGUGUCCCCUACCCCCCGCCCCCCCACCUCGCGCCCAGCACUUAAUUUCUUCCUCACACAGGAUGAGGGAGCACACUUGAAGCUGAGGGGGGAUAUACAAACCCUGCGGGGAGGGCAUGUGGCACCUGCCCUCCACAGAGGCCAUGCAUGUUUGACCAAAGCCCUCACUGGGGUCUGAGGACAGCCUUCCCCUCAGUCCUCGGACCACCGCUCAUAUGUGCCAAACUGGGUAGGUUUGAGGGUGGAAGAAUCCCCAAAUGUGCCAAGGAUUCCCCCAAUUCCAGGCCAGGGCAUAUCAAUGAGGGGGCAGGCGGGGCGGGAGUUGGCAGCUAAUGGGAUCCCACCUGCGUCUCAUGUCGCACUUCUCUCUUCCUCUGUUCUCCAUCAUGCCCUCUUCCUCUGAAGCUUUUGUGUCCUGGUGUCAGACCAGCUCCUCUCAUCCCCAUCUUGGGCCAUCCCCUUCUUGGACCAGCCCUCAGUCACUAGGGCUGAAGGGAAGGAGGGUGAAGGAAGGCAGGGCAGGGGCGAAGGCUUUUGCAGGACAGGUGGACCCAAGGAGGCCACUGUGCUGAGGAACAGAUGUAGUGGGGUAUGGACUCGGGAAAGACCCGCAGGGAGCAAGGAGACGAUGCCCAGCUGGGACCAAGCAGGAAGUGCUGGGGCCUCCGGGGAACUAUAUGCCAUCAGAGAGGUGUGUGAGGGGCACCAAUAGGGAAGGAGAGAGCCCUGCUGGCAUUGGGUGGGUUUGUGCCAAACUUGAAUUGGGAGUGAGGUGCUUCCACUGACACCUACAUCCAGAAUUCCCAGCCUUGGCUCCCCAGAACGUUGCCUCCUGGUUUUCCCUUCUACCCCAUCCAUGGAAACAUAGUUUGUCUCUGACCCUCCCCCUGCCUGGCCUAGCUCCUCUCCAAACAGCCAUGCCCUUUAAAUGCUAGGGAUCUGGGCCCUGAACCCUGUUAGACAGAUGCCCCCUAAAAAAAUGGGGCAUGGAGGGGAUUAGGGGACCCCAUGAUUCAGCCACGGACUCCAAUGCCCAGUCCUUCUCACCAGAACAAUUCCCUGACCAUCCUGUGUCCCCACCCCAACCCUUCACAGCUCUGUACACAUUUUUAAACCUGGCAAAAGAUGAAGAGAAUAUUGUAAAUAUAAAAGUUUAACUGUU